AUGGAAUGCGGCUGCUGUCUAGGGGCGGCAAGUAUCGUUUUUGCCGUCCUCUUUCUUCUCUACAUUUUAUCGGAGACAUGCCGAUACUAUUUGAGGAUUAGCUUCUUCUACAUCACGAUUCUCUUGCAUGGAAUGGAAUGUACGAUCACUCAACUGCCGUUCUACUUGAUGGGCGGUGGCGCCGAUUAUAUCUUCUACUCCUUCUAUUAUUGGUGCAAGUGGACAGGAAUUCAUGAAGAGGUGCGGGAUUACGAUAAGUACAUGAAGCCAUUGAAAGGACCAGCGAUCAUCGUUUGCAACCAUCAGUCAGCGAUUGACGUUUACGCAAUGUGUGCCGCUUUUCCGAAACGUGGUACGGUGAUGAUGAAGAAAAGCCUUCAGUGGAUUCCGUUUUUCAACAUCACAUCUUGGCUGUGCCGCUCGAUUUACAUUGAUCGGUUCAACCGGGAAAAGGCCAUCGAACAAGUGGAUGAGUGUGCAAAGACGAUCUUAGAACGUAAUUUGAAGGUAUGGGUUUUUCCUGAAGGCACUCGGUACCGUGAGCAUGGGAUGUUGCCUUUUAAAAAGGGCGCUUUUAACAUUGCGGUCAAGGCCCAGGUUCCAAUCGUCCCUGUCGUCGUCAGUUGCUACAAGCCGUUUUAUUCAAAGAAAGACCGAUAUUUUCACUCCGAUGGUGAGGUAAUCAUCCAAGUGUUGCCGCCAGUGGAGACGAAAGGGAUUCCAUUGGACGAGGUUCCUGAGCUGGGUGAACGGAUAAGGAAGCAAAUGUUGGAGGUCUAUGAUCGCAUCACUCCCGAGGCGGCCGCGAGAAUGGAAGCCAAAAGAGCCAAGAAAAGUCAA